AUGUGCCACACCAGCUGCUCCUCAGGCUGCCAGCCCUCCUGCUAUGUGUCCAGCCCCUGCCAGUCAUCCUGCUGCAGGCCUGUUAUCUGCCAGGUGGCCUGCUGUGUGCCCGUGAGCUGCAGGCCCACUGUGUGCAUGGCUCCCUCCUGCCAGUCCUCUGUGUGUGUGCCUGUGAGCUGCCGGCCUGUCUGCGUGACCUCUUCCUGCCAGUCAUCCGGGUGCUGCCAGCCCUCCUGCCCCACCCUGGUCUGCAGACCUGUCACCUGUAGCACCCCCUCCUGCUGCUGA